GCCGGGGUGUAAAGGAGGGCUCCACCCGCCCAUCCAUCGCUUCUUCCUUCUUCCCUUCUGUGCGUUGCAACUUCCACUUAUCUGUCCGUCGUGUGCCAACACCCCAAAAUUUGUCACCAUCAUCUCUGAAUCAUAUCCGGUUAUUGAAUAUUAUCGGUCUAGCGUAUGUGUCCCUAUCUCACCAUCUCCUCAUGGACCCCUUGCAAAGGGGCAAUCUCAAGCGCAUUCGGCAAGCGUGCGCAAAUUGCCGGCGUAGGAAAACUAGAUGCUCGGGCGAGCGUCCGAUCUGUUUCCACUGUCGCCGGAAUAAGCACUCCUGCAUCUAUGAGCCCUACUCCGUCACCGUCAACGACAACCCUCCUAAUACCUCAACCGCGUCAACCUCUGAGAAUACCCAACUAUUGCAGCGCAUCUCGUUGAUCGAGUCACGCUUGGCGGAGUUAAGUGGGCACACCGCACAACAACCCCGAUCAUCCAUAGAUUCUGAACUUCCCACGCAGCCGAUGCCGUUGAUACAGCCUGCUGUCAUCGGUCUUCACCCCCUUGUCACCCCCUCGCCAUCUGUCCUGGACUCCAUCAUCGACACCUAUUUUCUUCAUGUGCACAACCAGCCCUACAGUAAUUUCCAGGAGACCGGCUUCCGACAGGAACUACAGAAUGGGACUUUGCCUCGAUGCUUGAUACAAGCCGUGCUGGCCUCCGCCGUCCGCUUCACCACCCACGAGUUCUACGCAGGCAGGGUGCUGGAGACAUCAGAGGUCUAUGCUCGGGAGGCGUGGCUGUCCGUCCUGACAGAUCACUUGACAGUAGAAGAUAAUGUCGGAGUGCAUGUCGUGCGAACUGUGAAUAUGCUGGCAGUCAUCGAUUAUACAGCGGGGCGCGUCAAUUCCGGGUGGUUGAAAAUCGGUCUGGCAGCGCGCAUCUCACAAGGACUUGGCUUGAUGAGCGAGCCUGAUGCUUGCCUACCUGCUGCGGAGCAGGAGGACCGUCGACGAGCGUUCUGGUCCGUCUACCUCCUCGACAAACUCAUUUCGAGUGGACGUUCGCGCCCGAUUGUCAUUCUCGACCAAGACUGCCACGUCCAGCUUCCGUGCGACGAGAACGCUAUCCGACGGGGCGAGAAGAAGAAGACAUACACCCUGCAUCAGCUCCUCAACUGGAACACCGAGAUCGCCGAAAGCCCCAGCCCUUUUGCUCUGGUCAUUCUUCUGGCGUCCAUCUUCGGACGCUGCACGCGAUACGUGUAUGCCAACCGGCAGACGGACGAGAUUCCGCCUUGGGACACCAAGUCCGAAUACACCGCGAUCAGUUCUUCCUUGCUGCUAUUUGAAUCCUAUGCGAAAUCGGGAAUUGUGUCAGUGAUUGAUACGCUAAGGGAAAGUGCUGAAGCGACGGGGACCCCGAACCAUCAAGAAAUGGGGCACCAGAUUUUCGCGCACACCCUGUUUCAUUUGUGCCACUGUUUGUUGAAUCAUCCUUUUGUUCUUAGCCUUUGCCUCCAGCCCUUUGGCUCCAAGGUUCCGCAUAGCUUCGUCACCCGCGCCCUGCAAAAUGGACUCGACCAUGCCACGCAGCUUGUGGCUCUUCUCCGGGAUGUGUUCGAGGCGGGCGGACUCGUCGAGUCCUCGUUCUAUGCCUACUGCCUAGCGAUCGCGGGAGGGGUUCUGUCGAUCGCGUCACAGGAGGAGCAUCAGAGUCUUUCUUGUCGGCCUUCGGAAAUGUUGGAGCGUUUCCAGGAUGCUGUUGAUAUGCUCGAUCGGUUAGCCCAAGUCUGGACCCAUGCCGCUUACAUGUCCAUCCGCCUGCGUGAUUUCCACGCCCAGCGCCACGACUUAAGUAGCGUUCUCGACCCAACCACCCCACCGAGCGAUCUGGAUCCCAUGUCCGACGAGACCCUGUGGUCCAUGCUCGAAUAUUCGACCCUGGGCAGCAAUCCGCGCAAGACAUCGAGUGCGUCCGGCUCGGAUGUCCCCAGUAUCCCCUUGUCUACAUUCUGGGAUCUGGGGUCGAAUAUGCCGAUCUCGCCAUCAUCUCCGAGUUUAGGCCUGAGCCACGCGGAUAUGUUUCGGGGUCUAUCGCCGGCUCUACGACUGAAUGAAGUGAACUUCCUGUGAAUUAUAGGAUGCCGAGGACAGAACUCAUUUGCUGAGGAAUUCUCGAUGCAUCGGAUUGCUCUCAAUCCGGCCGGACCGGGUGGCUUUUCCGGGCCGCUUGGGUCCUUGUACCACCAUUUCUGCUAGGGAUAAGGAGGACCAUAUGCCAAAUUUCUUGGGUUCCCGUUUUUUUUUUACCUUUCUUUGUUUCUUUCGUUG